AUGCGGUUUGCGAUCGAAUCGUGGAUAUGGUACACGGUCGCCGUGGGCAUCAUAGUCGCACGACUAAUAUCGCGCUCGAUAUUAUUCGGCUCCGUCAAGCGGCUUCAAUAUGACGACUGGAUCAUGGGCCUGCUCGUCCUGGGCUCGUACACAACACUUAUUGUUAUGACCAACAUUGCCGCGAAAUCGAAUUCGAACCUCCUGCCGCCCGACUUUCCAUUGCAGAGUCUGACCUCAAAGGACAUCUCUGACCGACAGUAUGGAAGCAAGAUCGGUAUUGUUGUCGAGCAGAUGCAAAUCGUCGUGAUAUGGCUGAAUAAAGCGUGUCUUCUGAUUCUCUACUACCGCCUCACGCGCAUGGUGGCUUCCAAGGAGAACAUGGCUAUCAAGCUGCUCGCUGUCUAUGUCGCCCUCGCGUUCGUCGUCAUGGAGAUUCUGUACUUCGGUGUGUGGUGCAGGCCAUUCCACGAGUACUGGGCGAUUCCGACGUAUAACAGCCAGUGUGACAGGUUAACGGACCACCGCAUCACCAAUGCCGUCUUCAAUAUAUCUUCCGAUAUCAUGAUGCUCUGCAUCGCCCUACCCAUGUUCAUCCGAACCCUGCUGCCGCUCAAACGCAAGCUCAUCCUUUGCUGUAUCUUCAGUCUCGGCAUCUUCGUUAUCCUGGCCGCCAUCUUGAAUAAAUACUACUCCUUCAAGUCGCCAUAUAGCACCUCCACCUGGAUCUCAUGGUACAUCCGGGAAGCCUCAACAGCCAUCCUCGUCGCUAAUCUCCCAUUUACGUGGACUCUCCUCCGCAAACUCUUCAAUCUGGGUGCCUUUGAUAGCUCGGCUCCUCCUCCCCCUACUUACCACUCAUCCCGCACGGCCGGUGGACGCCGCACCCAACGGAAGCGUGAUAACCACCAAGCUCCAGCCAUCAAAGAAAAGGCCGCCCUAAAUGGCAGCCAGAACAGCGACGUGAGUAAAGACAGCAAGGAACCCAGAUCAAGCGGCGGCCGUUUGGUUCCUAGUGAAACACCAACAACGAUGCAAAGCGAUCAUAGCGAUCAGCCACUGGUGUCGGAGAUGUCGUCGCGCCCGGACACGUGGGACGUGGAAGCCCAGAGAGUUGUUAUUGCUCAGCCAAAGAGGGCACAGAUCGCACCGUCUGUUGCUUCUUCCGGUAUUUCAAGAUUGUCGAGCACGAAAAGGCAGACCGGUGGUGGCGGAGGUGGUGGAGGUGGUCGAAGCGCUAGAGAUCGUAAGGCGCGAGCCAAGAUAGCGGAGAAGGCGAAUAAGUGAUGGGUAAUGCGGCACUGGGCAUAAAUGAUGAGACGAAGAGACGAAUUAUGACUGCACAUCGGUGGUUUGGGCACUGCGGAGUAAGAUGACUGGGGCGUUGUACUAGUACCUGGAAGGCAUGGCUGCGCGAGAGAUACCUUGGGAUGGAUUAUUGGAUUAGCGAUUGCCCUUCGUUAGUGUAUUUGAAUACCGAAUCAUGCAUGACUCUUCAGUCCGCGGAGUGAUCGACUUAUCCUUUAUUUAGUUGAAUUUAAUUGUAAGCGAGGCAUCUCAGAAUGGAGUUGCACGUGGGG